ACGAGUAUAUGGAAGUUUUGUACCUUUAUUUUUGAAGAAAAAACUUGCACAAAAAUAUUUUAAUCACUUUAAGUUCGUUAAAAUAUGGAAAAACCUACCGUUACUGCCGAUCAGCCGCCACCGUACUCUGCUACAGUACCUCCAGGUUUUUUACCACAACCUCAUCCACAACCUGCUGCUGGACCUUAUGUUACAUCGUAUCCACCUCCCCCGCCUGGAUACACUCCAUACCCUGGCGCUGCACCAACGGCACCAGGGUAUCCUCCUAACUAUGGUGCAACUAAUAUCAUCAUUCCACCGCCGAUCAUAGCUGUUGGAGCCUGUCCUGCUUGCAGAGUUGGAAUUCUAGAAGACGACUUCACCUGCUUGGGUAUAUUAUGCGCUAUCCUUUUCUUCCCUUUAGGAAUAUUGUGCUGUCUCGCUUUAAAGAACAGGAGAUGCUCAAACUGCGGAGCCAUGUUUGCCUAAGAGCAAUAUGUUGAAAUACUGAUGAUGAUGAACGUAAUGAUUUCAAUUUGAUAUAGAUAAUGGUUGAUAUUGAAUAGGGGGAUCAACAAGUCAAAGUCGUUUCAAUUGUUUGAAGAUAUUUUUUAUUAGUAUCUUAUAAAAUGAUAUUAAUAUUCAGAUAUAAAAGACUUCAAUUACAUAGACUGGGAACUUGAUCUAGCUUCAUUGAAUUCCAGUGUUGUAUACCAAUGGACCCUAGUGUCGAUUUGGGCAAAUGCAAAGUUACUUUGGAUUCAGUGCAUUAUCUUUUUAUUUAUUAAUAAGAAAAUUAUGAAUGAAUGGAUGAAAUACUCUUUUCGAAAGGUCAUAUGAAUUCAUUAUAUUUAAGAUUUAAGAACUGUCAAACUUUGAAGGCAGAAAUUUUUAACGAAUGGAGCUGUCCAAGGUAAUGAAAUACAUGGGUUGUUGUCUAUGACGUCACAACGUAAUAGAGUUUUACCAACCAGUUUUUUUGAAUACUGACUAAACACAUAUGAAAUGGAUGCUUUACCCAACCUCAUACAAAAUGAACAUGUCCUAACGAAACAACCUAUGGGAGCGGUCUAUGGGCGCUAACUUAUUUUGAUAGCACUAAAAUAAACUAAAAUGUUCUCUCUUUUUCUAAUGAUAAUGAAAGAGCCACACUGAACUUAAAUUGACUUCGCAUUGCGUUUUCGCGAAUAUACUACUCUAUCUAAAUGUAGUGCUAGAUUCUGGACUGGAUUAAAUUAAUCAUUAGUACCUAAAUGUAAAAGAAAAAGUUGACUAAGGGUCGUAUUCCAGAACUCUACUCAAU